AUGACACAUGAGGUAGUGGUAAUGAACAGCUCUGGACCAGUGUUGGAACUGGUCACGGAACGCUCCUGUCUAAAGACAAAGAGAGGCUUGUUACACAUCAAAGAUUCCCACGUCACCAGCUGUCACUCAGGGUUUCUGUGGCCAAAGGUAGUGGAAAGACAGACCUCUGAACCUACGUGGAGGGAAGGAGUGGUAAGAGGGGUGGAUGGUGAGAGGGAUGGUGUGUGGGAAAGAGUGGGAAGAGUGACUGAUGGAAGGAGGGAGUGGUCAAAACUCAGACACCGUCCUCCAUGUUAUUGCCCAAGUCUGAGUGUAAAUUAUACAGUCAAUGGGACCCUCCCGAUCCACAGAGCUCUUUCUGGCUCAGAUGUGCGUCUCUUCCAAUAAGCAGGAGGGUCAUGCCUCUCAGAGAAGCAUAAUUACAUUCUCCUUUAUCUUCUUACUAAAGAGGAAAACCUUUUAUUGUGGCCCUUAUUACCCAGUCCUCUUGGCGUCCUUGAACCAUGCCACAGAAUUGAUGAGCUGAGAUCCCAAUAUUGCAUAGCGGUGCUCUCUUGCACAGCAUGGUUCUUAAGAGAAUGAACAGAGAAUCAUUAGGCCAUUGUUGUUGAUGCUGUUGUUUCUUCACAGGAGCAUUGCUCAGAGACCAGAGGGGCUGAUAUCAGAGGCAGCGCCACCAAAACUCCAUAAUGUACAAGGACAACAGAUCAGGCUGAUCAGCAUGUAAGACCUUUGUGUGUUUGCAUGUGUGUGUGUGUGUGCUCUUGUGUGUGUGUGUGUCUGUGCAGCAGUUUGCGUGUGGAAAGAGGGUUUUCGAGGGGUACAUAAAUACCACAGCCCCGGAGGCGUUCUCAGGAGGAGUGUCCAGAUUACACGGCACAAAAGGGGAUUUACUGUCAAGAUUUCUGUACCACACCUGAUAAGACUGUCUUUGUCCCCUGGAGGAGGUGUUUCCUUCUAUCCAGUAGAGCCUCCUAUUUUCUGACCAACCCCCCCUGGAGCAACCACUUCUAUUACACUGGCACGACACCAUCUCAGGGGCUUCCAUCUUAUCUCUUAUCUUUUGUGUUUUCCGUGUUUCAUUUCGUUUCAUUGUGUGCAGGCGGUGGUGCUCUCUAUUUGUUUUGGCAGUCAAGGUUUCAAGCAGCAUUCAGCUCAUCCAAGCUUACAGGGAUAGGUGACUCAGACAGCACUCAGACAUGGAUAUUAGAAACACACAGACACCUCUCCACUAUUACUCAAACUCCGCUGGAAAGCGAAGGCUUAUUUCCUCUGGCAAAGGCAGAUAUGCAAACAUAUGAAAUGGCGCUCUACUGUUUUAGGGCAAGAAAAAAAAUGUGAAGUACAAAAUGUGGGAUGUGAAAUAUAAAUAUAUAUUAUUACUUCACCUACAGGUUUGCAAAGGUGAGUGACAAUGUAAUAUUACAAGGUCUUUGACAUCUGGGCUUACAUUCAAGUGUUCCAACAUUUCACUAAAGCUGAGGCAGUUGACACGCAAUCAGAAUAAUCAUUGGCUUUUAUUUCAGACACUCUCAGAGGCGUGGGCACAGGAGAGGGAGAGAGAGAGCGAAAAAGUGAGGGAUUACAACUAGGAUGGAAAAUGGAGUGGUGUGAGAUGGGGAGGGACAGCAUGAGGGAGAGAGAAUGAAAGCGUCUCGUCUCUCGCCGGGCUUUGGCAGAUGAGUGUGUCCAGUCCUAUUACAGUCACACAGUGUGGUUCUCAGGCUGGUCAGGUGAUAAUGAAUGUCUGGUGUCUGGCCUCUCUCUCUCUCUGUCCUCCCCCAUCCUCUCUAUCCCUCUAUCUGGCCUCAAAAGGCUCUGUGUCUUUGGCCUCUGGUGAUGUCCCCUUUCGCCUCACUCUCACUCUCUUUCUCUCUCCGUCCUCUACACUCUGUAUUUGGCCUCUCAGCCUGCAGCAGUCUACAGUUUGGUGUCUGCUCUUGUUCUAUUUCCCACUCCCACUCUCAUCCUCUAUCCCUCUUUCUCUCUCCUUUCUGUCCUCUCUCUACAGCAUUAUUGUAGUCUAUCAGCCUGUAGUAGCAUGAAGCAUCCGGCUUACUCUGUCUGUGUUGUAAUAUAUCUCCCCUCGGCACUGCUACUCUCUCUGAGAUAUACUUCAUCUCUAAAAGGCCUCUGUAUCAGUUGUCAGUUGUGUUGGUUCCAUCUUGUUAAAGCCUCAGGGCCUGUAACCUGACGACCUCUGAGGGUGUUUCUGCUACCUGCCAAGGCCACAUUGAGCAGCUUCUGUCAUUUCGAUCUGGCCUUGAGUCUGAUUCACCAAGCUUGUCAGACCUUUGUUUAUGGUGAAUAGGGUCCAGUGUGUCUGAUGCUCAUCUGGGCAGAUGGCACAUUUGGUGCCAGGAUCACAGCUAGCUGCACAUCUCAGCUGCCAAAACUCAGAAUACUUACUUGCACUGAUGGGCCACUUGUGAUUGUGUAAUAGUCUAGAGGACUUGCCACACUUCAGUCGGCAUUGCUGUGUUGAGCAAACACUAGACAAUAUUACUCCAGUGCUAGCCUCUGUACAUUGGCUUCUUGUUAAGGCUAGGGCUGAUUUCAAGGUUUUACUGCUAAACUACAAAACAUUACAUUGGCUUGCUCCUACUUAUCUCUCCAAUUUGGUCCUACCGUACAGACCUACACGUACGCUACGGUCACAAGACGCAGGCCUCCUUAUUGUCCAAAUAAUUUCUAAGCAAACAGCUGGAGGCAGGGCUUUCUCCUAUAGAGCUCCAUUUUUAUUGAAUGGUCUGCCUACCCAUGUAAGAGACGCAGACUCGGUCUCGACCUUUAAAUCUUUACUGAAGAUUCAUCUCUUCAGUAGGUCCUAUAAUUGAGUAUAGUCUGGCCCAGGGGUGCGAAGAUGAACGGCAAGGCACUGGAGCGACGAACUGCCAUUUCUGUCUCUGCCUGGCCAGCUCCCCUCUCUCCACUGGGAUUCUCUGCCUCUGACCCUAUUACAGGGGCUGAGUCACCACACGCUUAUGGCUGCUCUUCCAUGCCGUCCCUAUGAGGGGUGCGUCACUUGAGUGGGUUGAGUCACAGAUGUGAUCUUCCUGUCCGGUUUUGCGCCCCCUCAGGCUCGUGUGGUGGAGGAGAUCUUCAUGGGCUAUACUCAGCCUUGUCUUAAGGUAGUAAGUUGGUGGUCUGUUGAUAUCCCUCUAUUGGUGUGGGGGCUGUGCUUUGGCAAUGUGGGUGGGGUUAUAUCCUUCCUGGUUGGCCCUGUCCGGGGGUAUCGUCGGAUGGGGCCACAGUGUCCCCCAACCCACCCCUGUCUCAGUCUCCAGUAUCUAUGCUGCAAUAGUCUAUGUGACGGGGGGCUAAGGUCAGUCUGUUAUAUCUGGUGUAAUUCUCCUGUCUUAUCUGGUGUCCUGUGUGAAUUUAAGUAUGCUCCCUCUAACUCUCUCUCUCUCUCCUUCUCUCCCUCCCCUCCCGGAGGACCUGAGCCCUAGAAUCAGGACUUCCUGGCCUGAUGACUCCUGGCUGUCCCCAGUACACCUGGUCGUGCUGCUGCUCCAGUUUCAACUGUUCUGCCCGCCCCUGACCUGUUCACCGGACAUGCUACCUUGUCCCAGACCUGCUGUUUUUGACUCUCACUCUCUCUGUACCGCACCUGCUGUCUCGACCUAUGAAUGCUCGGCUUUGAAAAGCCAACUGACAUUUACUCCUGAGGUACUGACAUGUUGCACCCUCGACAACCACUGUGAUUAUUAUUUGCCCCUGCUGGUAAUCUAUGAACGUUUGAUCAUCUUGAAGAACAAUCUGGCCUUAAAUGGCCAUGUACUCUUAUAAUCUCCAUCCAGCACAGCCAGAAGAGGACUGGCCACUCCUCAGAACCUUGGUACCUCUCUAGGUUUCUUCUUGGUUCCUGCCAUUCUAGGGAGAUUUUCCUAGCCACGGUGCUUCCACAUCUGCAUUGCUUGCUGUUUGGGGUUUUAGGCUGGGUUUCUGUAUAGCACUUUAUGACAUCUGCUGAUGUAAAAAGGGCUUUAUGAAUGAAUUGUAUUGAUAUAUAUAAGGUCCCACAGUUGACAGUGCAUGUCAGAGAAAAAAACAAGCCAUGAGGUCGAAGGAAUUGUCUGUAGAGCUCAGAGACAGGAUUGUGUCGAGGCAAAGAUAUGGGGAAGGGUACCAAAACAUUUCUGCAGCAUUGAAGGUCCCCAAGAACACAGUGGUCUCCAUCAUUUUUAAAUGGAAGAAGUUUGGAACCAUCAAGACUCUUCCUAGAGCUUGGCCGGCCGGCCAAACUGAGCAAUCGGGGGAGCAGGGCCUUGGUCAGGGUGGUGACCAAGAACCCGGUGGUCACUCUGACAGAGCUCCAGAAUUCCUCUGUGGAGAUGGGAGAACCUUCCAGAAGGACAACCAUCACUGCAGCACUCCACCAGUAUGGUGGUGGCAUCAUCAUGCUAUGGGGAUGUUUUUCAGCAGCUGCCUCUGGGAGACUAGUCAGGAUCAAGGGAAAGAUGAACGGAGCAAAGUACAGAGAGUUCCUUGAUGAAAACCUGCUCCAGAGCGUUAAGGACCUCAGACUAGGGCGAAGCUUCACCUUCCAACAGGACAAUGACCCUAAGCACAUAGCCAAGAGAACGCAGGAGUGGCUUUGGGACAAGUCUCAGAAUGUCCUUGAGUGGCCCAGCCAGAGCCCGAUCGAACAUCUCUGGAGAGACCUGAAAAUAGCUGUGCAGCGACGAUCCCCAUCAAACCUGACAGAGCUUGAGAGGAUCUGCAGAGAAGAAUGGGAGAAACUACACAAUACAGGUGUGCCAAGCUUGUAGCGUCAUACCCAAGAAGACACGAGACUGUAAUCGCUGCCAAAGGUGCUUCAAAAAAGUACUUCAAAAAAGUACUGAGUAAAGGGUCUGAAUACUUAUGUAAUUGUGAUACUUCCUUCUUUUUUUUUUUUUUUUUUACAAAUAAAUAAAGUUUUUUUGCUUUGUUAUUAUGGGGUUUUGUGUAUAGAUUUAUGAGGAUUUUUUUUUUUGUUGAAUCCAUUUGAUAAUAAGGCUGUAACUUAACAACAUUUGGAAAAAGUCAAGGUGUCUGAAUACUUUCCGAAUGCGCUGUAAAUGUGUUUUAUUGUCAUAUACACCAAAUAGGUGCAGUGAAAUUGGUUGUUUUACAGGGUCAGCCAUUGUAGUAAGGUGCCCCUGGAGCAAAUUAGGGUUAAGUGCCUUGCUCAUGGGCACAUGGACAGAUUUUCACCUUAUCGGCUCAGGUAUUUGAAUCAGCGACCUUUCGGUUACUGGCCCGCUAAGCUACCUGCUUAAAAAAAAGGGGCUUUCUCCUUGAAGAAACUUACUGGAGAAAUACUAAAAGUGCAAACUUUCCAUAACCUGUACGUAGGUAGGACUGAGUUCUAAACGAAGAGUUUCCGAGCUUCUGUUCUUUUCUAUUAUAGUGUUAGACUUUCACAAUGCAAUUCAGGGUAACAGAUUAUUUUGUUGCACAUAGAAAAGAGUCAUGAGUGCAUUCAGGUGCGUGUGCCGCGGCAACCUUUCUUCACAAUAGACAUACAUAUGCUCAUUCUGUUCAGAACAGCCUAGGGUAUGACGCAAUGUGAAAUCAAAUCAAAUUUCAUUUGUCACAUGUGCCGAAUACAACAGGUGUAGACCUUACCAUGAAAUGCUUACUAAAGAGCCCUUAACCAACAAUGCAGUUGAAGAAAUAGAGUUAAGAAAAUAUUUACUAAAUAAACUAAAGUAUUCACAAUAAAAUAACAAUAGCGAGGCUAUAUACAGGUGGUACCGGUACCGAGUCAAUAUGCGGGGGUACAGGUUAGUCGAGGUAUUUUUUUGGGGGGGGGGGGGGGGGGGGGUCAAUGUAAAUAGUCCGGGUGGCCAUUUGAUGAAUUGUUCAGCAGUCUUAUGGCUUGGGGGUAGAAGCUGUUAAGGAGACUUUUGGACCUAGACUUGGUGCUCCGGUACCGCUUGCCGUGCGGUAGCAGAGAGAACAGUCUAUGACUGGAGUCUUUGACAAUGGCAGUUGCCAUACCAGGAUGUGAUGCAACUGGUCAGGAUACUCUCGAUGGUGCAGCUGUAGAGCUUUUUGAGGAUCUGGGGACCCAUGACAAAUAUUUUCAGUCGAUGUGAAUGGGGGCGAGUUCGGCCCUCCUUUUCCCGUAGUCCACGAUCAGCUCCAUUGUCUUGCUCACGUUGAGGGAGAGGUUAUUGUCCUGGCACCACACUGCCAGGUCUCUGACAUCCUCCCUAUAGGUUGUCUCAUCGUUGUCGGUGAUCGUCAGCAACCUUAAUGAUGGUGUUGGAGUCGUGCUUGGCCACGCAGUCAUGGGUGAACAGGGAGUACAAAAGAGAACUAAGCACGCACCCCUGAGGAAGUCCAGGAUCCAGUUGAAGAGGGAGGUGUUUAGUCCCAGGGUCCUUAGCUUAGUGAUGAGCUUUGUGGGCACUAUGGUGUUGAACGCUGAGCUGUAGUCAAUGAACAGUAUUCUCACAUAGGUGUGCGAAUGAGAUUGUGUCAUCUGUGGAUCUGUUGGGGCGGUAUACGAAUUGGAGUGGGUCUAGAGUUUCUGGGAUGAUGGUGUUGAUAUGAGCCAUGACAAGCCUUUCAAAGCACUUCAUGGCUACCGACGUGAGUUCUACGGGGCAGUAGUGAUUUACAUUUUAGUCAUUUAGCAGACGCCCUUAUCCAGAGCGACUUACAGUUAGUGAAUACAUUUUUUUUAUUUUUUAUACUGGCCCCCCGUGGGAAUCGAACCCACAACCCUGGCGUUGCAAACGCCAUGCUCUAUCAACUGAGCUACAUCCUGCCGGCCAUUCCCUCCCCUACCCUGGACGACGCUGGGCCAAUUGUGCGCCGUCCAUGAGUCUCCCGGUCGCGGCCGGCUGCGACAGAGCCUGGAUUCGAACCAGGAUCUCUAGUGGCACAGUUAGCACUGCGAAGCAGUGCCUUAGACCACUGCGCCACUCAGGAGACUACAUGCUUUAGGCAGGUUACCUUCACUUUCUUGGGCACAGGGACUAUGGUGGUCUGCUUGAAAUAUGUAGGUAUAACAGACUCAGUCAGGGAGAGGUUGAAAACGUCAGUGAAGACACUUGCCAGUUGGUCUGCGCAUGCUCUGAGGACACCAUCUGGUAAUCCAUCUGGCCCCAUGGCCUUGUGACUGUUGACCUGUUUAAUGGUCUUGCUCACAUCGGCUACGGAGAGCGUGCUCAGACAGUCGUCCGGAACACAUGGUGCUCUCGUGCAUGCUUCAGUGUUGCUUGCCUUGAAGCAAGCAUAAAAGGCAUUUUGCUUGUCUGGUAGGCUUGUGUCACUGGGCUGCUCGGGGCAGGGUUUCCCUUUGUAGUCCGUAACAUGAUUCCAUAUGUAUUAUUUCAUAGUUUUGACGUCUUCACUGUUAUUCUACAAUGUAGAAAAUAGUAAAAAUAAAGAAAAACCCUUGAAUGAGUAGGUGUUCUAAAACUUUUGACUGGUAGUGUAUAUACAAAGGUAUGUGGACACCCAUUCAAAUUAGUGGAUUCGGCUAUUUUAGCCACACCCAUUGCUGACAGGUGUAUAAAAUCGAGCACACAGCCAUGCAAUCUCCAUAGACAAACAUUGGCAGUAGAAUGGCCUUACUGAAGAGCUCAGUAACGUUCAACAUGGCACCGUCAUAGGAUGCCAGCUUUCCAACAAGUCAGUUUGUUGAAUUUCUGCCCUGCUAGAGCUGCUAGAACUGUAAGUGUUGUUAUUGUGAAGCGGAAAGGUUUCAGAGUAACAGCGGAAAAGUGGUAGGCCACACAAGCUCACAGAACGGGACCACUGAGUGCUGAAGCAUGUAAAAAACGUCUGUCCUCGGUUGCAACACUCACUACCGAGUUCCAAACUGCCUCUGGAAGCAACGUCAGCACAAGAACUGUUCGUCGGGAGCUUCAUGAAAUGGGUUUCCAUGGCCGAGCAGCUGCACACAAGCCUAAGAUCUCCUUGCGCAAUGCCAAGCAUCGGCUGGAGUAUGAAAAUGUAUGCACUCACUAACUGUAAGUCGCUCUGGAUAGGAGCAUCUGCUAAAUGACUAAAAUGUAAAAUGUUAAUGUGUAAAGCUUGCCGCCAUUGGACUCUGGAGCAGUGGAAACCCAUUCUCUGGAGUGAUGAAUCACGCUUCACCAUCUGGCAGUCCAACAGACUAAUCUGGGUUUGGAGAAUGCCAGGAGAACGCUACCUGCCCCAAUGCAUAGUGCCAACUGUAGAGUUUGGUGGAGGAGGAAUAAUGGUUUGGGGCUGUUUUUCAUGGUUCGUGCUAGGCCCCUUAGUUCCAGUGAAGGGAAAUCUUAACCCUACAGCAUACAAUGACAUUCUAGACGAUUCUGUUCUUCCAAAUCUGUGACAGUUUGGGGAAGGCCCUUCCCUGUUUCAGCAUGGAAAUGUCCCUUUAAUGAGUGCUUGUUUCCUUUGAAAUGGCGUCUGUUUGAAUAGACUAAAAUGAACAGCUUUGUAUGAGUAAAAAAAAAUGGCUUGCUAGCUCCUUUCUGGUGGCGCAGUGGACUAAUUUCAAGGAUAGAAAACAGAAGAUCAUAGGUUUGAAUCUCACUGACACCGUGCCAUUAUAAAAAAUACAUGUGUAUGCAAGAUUAAUGCCUAAGCAAAAUAAUUUACAUGUGUAUUAUCUGUGCUUAGAGUUCAAAAGAGUUAACCUAAACUAGCAGUCUUAUUGAAACAUGUUCUCAGAAUGUUAUUUCAAUACUUUCAAAUAACCUAUAAUUUCCUGCCAGGAAAACCUUCAGGGAACCACAUUCUCAGAACCUCACUGCAACCUAAAAAUGAACAUUUCCAGAACAGGCAAAAUGUUCACUUCCAUUCUCAGAACGUUUAAAAAAUGUUCAGUGAUCCCAGAACCAAUUGGAAACUAAAAACUUACGUUCCCACUAUUUCCAAGGAAGCAAAUGUGCUAGCUGGGUUGUUACACAUCAUCUUUUCUUUGGAAUAAAUAGAAAAAGGAAGUGAGGAAACACAGUAUAUGUACACUAUGAACUACGUUAAUUUAUUGUGUGAGUUGCAACAAGGAAGAUCUGUAUGUAAAAAAACAAAGGAUUUGUCAAAAAUAUACUAUUAACGUUUGAAAAUGAAUUAAACAUUCAAAGCAAUUAAAAUGUAUUGAUAAACUAAAACCUAUACAAAAUAAGAAGCAUAAACAAUAAAUCACCUAUUCACGCUCUUUUCCUCAGUCACUCCCUUUUUCCCUCACUCCCUCUUUCCUUCCCUCCCUCUGUCACUCACUCACUCACUCCCUAUAGAGGCCAACGUGCAGGAUACCUGACGAGACUACGUUGGGGAGCGGAUAAAUCACCUCUAACCUCCGUUCUAUUUGCGAACGUGCAAUCACUGGAGAAUAAACUGGAUGAGCUGUGUUCGAGACUAUCCAAUCAACGUGAUCUGAAGAACUGUAAUAUCAUAUGUUUCUUCUCGCCUCAGUUAGAAUACCUCAUGAUAAGCAAUUUUUUGUAACUGUCUGUUUACCACCACAAACCGAUGCUGGCACUAAGACCGCACUCAACGAGUUCUAUAGGGCCAUGAGCAAACAAGAAAAUGCUCACCCAGAGGCGACGCUCCUAAUGGCUGGUGACUUUAAUGCAGGAAAUCUGAAAUCCAUUUCACAUAAUUUCUACCAGCAUGCCACCUGUGCAACUAGAGGUGAAAAAUGUGAUUUGAUUUGAAAAACUCUAGAUCACCUUUACUCCACACACAGAGGCGCUUUCCUUCUCCCGCCAUUUGGCAAAACUGACCAAAACUCUAUCCUCCUCAUUCCUGCUUACAAGCAAAAACUCAAUAGGGGAAAUACCAGUAAUGUGCUCAAUACGGAAUUGCUAAGCUACUGGACUGUUUCGCUAGCACAGACUUGAACAUGUUCCGGGAUUCAUCCGAUGGCAUUGAGGAGUUUACCACAUCAGUCAACGGCUUCAUUAAUAAGUGCAUUGACGACAACGCCCCCACAGUAACCGUACAUACAUAUCCCAACCAGAAGUAAUGUAUUACAGGCAACAUCCGCACUGAACUAAAGGGACACUAAUCCGGACACUUAUAAGACAUCCCGCUACGCCCUGUGAUGAACCAUCAAACAGGCAAAGCAUCAAUAUAGGACCAAGAUCAAAUCCUACUACACCAGUUCUGACGCUCGUCGGAUGUGGCAGGGUUUACAAACUAUCACGGAUUACAAAGGGAAAACCCAGCCGCAAGCUGUCCAGUGACACAAGCCUACCAGAUGAGCUAAAUACAUUCUAUGCUCGCUUCGAAGCUAGCAACACUGAACCAUGCAUGUUCCGGACGACUGACGCUCUCCGUAGCCGAUGUGAGGAAGACCUUUAAACAGGUUAACAUUCACAAGGCCGCAGGGCCAGGCGGAUUACCAGGACGUGUACUCAUGCGCUGACAUUUUCAACCUCUCCCUGACCCAGUCUGUAAUACCUACAUGUUUUAAGCAGACCACCAUAGUCCCUGUGCCCAAGAACACCAAGGCAACCUCUCUAAAUGACUAUCGCCCUGUAGAACUAACAUCUGUAGCCAUGAAAUGCUUUGAAAGGCUGGUCAUGGCUCACAUCAACACCAUCAUCCCAGACACCCUGGACCCAUUCCAAUUCGCACACUGCCCCAACAGAUCCACAGAUGAAGCAAUCUCUAUUGCACUCCACACUGCCCUUUACCAUCUAGACAAAAGGAACACCUACAUGAGAGUGCUGUUCAUUGACUACAGCUCAGCGUUCAACACUAUAGUGCCCUCCAAGCUCAUCCCUAAACUAAGGACUGGGAUUAAACACCUCCCUCUGCAACUGGAUCCUGGACUUCCUGACGGGCCACCCCCAGGUAGUGAGGGUAGGCAACAACACAUCUGCACGGGGGCCCCUCAGGCUGUAAUGUAACAAAAUGUGGAAAAAGUCAAGGGGUCUGAAUACUUUCCGAAUGCACUGUAAAACGGCAAUGACAGCAAAGUGAAAACGUUAUCACGUUUCAGGAGAAGACCCAGAUGCAGACAGUGUCUAAGUAACAAAAGUAUAUUGCAGGCAAACGACAGAUCAAGGGCAGUGUCACGCCCUGACAUAGAGAUCUCUAGUUGGUUUGGUCAGGGUGUGAAUUUCUAUGUGUAGAUCUGGAAUGUGUAUUUCUAUGUUGGCCGGGUGUGGUACCCAAUCAGAGGCAGCUGUCGAUCGUUGUCUCUGAUUGGGGAUCAUACUUAGGCAGCCAUGUUGCCUACCUAUGUUAAGGGAUCUUGUUUCUAAUUCUGUUUGGCUUGUUGGAUGUUUAGCCUUUUGAACUUCAUGUUCUGUUGGAUUUUGUUAUUUUGCCGGUGUUUAUAUAAUAAACGACUAUGUACGCAUACCACGCUGUACCUUGGUCCAAUCCUUUACUCAACGAAUGUGACAGGCAGGCAGAUUUCAGUAAUCCAGAUCAGAGUCUAAAAGGUACAGAAUGGCAGGCAGUCUCAGGGUCAGGGCAGGCAGAGGUCAAUAAUCCAGGGUGGUGUGACAAGGUACAGAACGGCAGGCAGGCUCAGGGUCAGGGCAGGCAGAAUGGUCAAAACCGGGAAACUAGAAAACAAGAACUUGAGAAAAACAGGAGCAAGGCGAAAAACGCUGGUAGGCUUGACGAAACAAAACAAACUGGCAACAGACAAACAGAGAACACAGGUAUCAAUACACUGGGGAUAAUGGGGAAGAUGGGCGACACCUGGAGGGGGUGGAGACAAUCACAAAGACAGGUGAAACAGAUCAGGGUAUGACAAACGGUCAGUUAUUCUUUGUUCGUUUUGAUUUAUUUUUCACGAAAAAACCGCUUGAUUUUGGUUAUCUCGUUUUUGGCAUAUGAACAAAAAAAAUCAAUAGCUUUUUUUAUUAUUUAUUUUUCAUUUUUGUCCAAAAAUAAUUACUAAAAAAACAGAACAAUUGUUUGUUUUUUGUUAUCUUUUGUUGUUGUUGCAUAUAAUCAAAAACAACUUGACCUUUUUGCUAGACAACUUGAUACUGUAUUUCGAUUUCCACAAGUGGUUGAGGUUAAAUGUGGAAUGUUUCUCAUUGGCCAACACUUCCUGUCCCUUCAAAAUUAGAGUUCACCCUUCUAACUUCUUUCCAUUAAUCUACUAUCCAUUAAUUAAUCUAUUAUUAAUCUAUUAUUAAUUCAUCUACUGAAACGUUAACGGUAGGCUUGCUACAUGCUAUCAAUGUUAGUAAGGGUUUGUGUGUCUCAAUGAAAACCAUCAUAGACAACCUAUAGGCUACUAUGUGAUGUGUUAACUUGCUAGCUACUUCAAUUGAGUGUGUGUUUGUGUGUGUGUGUGUGUGUGUGUGUGUGUGUGUGUGUGUGUGUGUGUGUGUGUGUGUGUGUGUAGGGGCUGCCGAGAUGCAGCGGUGUGUAUGAAGACUCUCUGUUGACAGUGUCCAAGGGGUUGGCAGAGGGCUGGGAAAGUUCAAGGUGACUGUGGAGAGGACCAGAGUGGGGAACAGCCCUUAUACUGCAUUCAUACAGCCAUGGAGCUAUCGACAACAGAGAUGUGUUUGUGUGUGUGUAGGAGGUGGGGAAGCAGACCAUGUCAUACCCUCUGUCCUCUCUGAAGGGGUUAGUGUUUGAGGGCUCUAACCUUCUACUCACCCUCUGCUCCCUCUGAGGAAGAAUGUCCCGGAAAACAUGACCAUCCUUUCAAAUAAAAUCAAUUCAAAUUGUAUUUGUCACAUACACGUGUUUAGCAGAUGUUAUUGCGGGUGUAGCGAAAUGCUUGUGCUUCUAGCUCCGACAGUGCAGUAAUAUCUAACAAGUAAUAUCUAACAAUUUCACAACAUAUACCCAAUACACACGUAAGUAAGGAAUGGAAUUUAAGAAUAUAUACAUAUAUGGACAAGCAAUGACAGAGUGGCAUGGACUAAGAUACAGUAGAAUAUUAUAGAAUACAGUAUUUUCAUAUGAGAUGAGUAAUGCAAGAUAUGGAAACAUUAUUAAAGUGACUAGUGUUCUAUUUCUUAAAGUGGCCAGUGAUUUUCGUUAGGCAGCAGCUGCCUCUAAUGUGCUAGUGAUGGCUAUUUAACAGUCUGAUGGCCUUGAGAUAGAAGCUGUUUUUCAUUCUCUUGGUCCCAGCUUUGAUGCACCUGUACUGACCUCACCUUCAGGAUGAUAGCGGGGUGAACAGGCAGUGGCUCGGGUGGUUGAUGUCCUUGAUUAUCUUUUUGGCCUUCCUGUGAUAACGGGUGCUGUAUGUGCCUUGGAGGGCGGGUAGUUUGCCACUGUUAAUGCGUUCGGCAGACCGCACCACCCUCUGGAGAGCCCUGCGGUUGUGGGCGGUGCAGUUGCCGUACCAGGCGGUGAUGCAGCCUGACAGGAUGCUCUCAAUUGUGCAUCUGUAAAAGUUUUUGAGGGUUUUAGGUGCCAAGCCAAAUUUCUUUAGCCUCCUGAGGUUGAAGAGGCUCUGUUGCCCGUUCUUCACCACACUGUCUGCGUGGGUGGACCAUUUCAGUUUGUCAGUGAUGUGUAUGCCAAGGAACCUGAAGCUUUCCACCUUCUCCACUGCGGUCCCGUCGAUGUGGAUAGGGGGGUGCACCCUCUGCUGUUUCCUGAAGUCCACGAUCAUCUCCUUUGUUUUGUUGACAUUGAGUGAGAGGUUAUUUUCCUGGCACCACACUCCCAGAGCCCUCACCUCCUCCCUGUAGGCUGUCUCAUCAUUGUUGGUAAUCAAGCCUACUACUGUUGUCUCCUUUGUGUGUAUGUGUUGUGUGUCAGUUGUUUUAGUCUACUCAUAAAAGUGUGUUUGUCUUUUUUUUAGGAGAUAAGUGUGUUCACUCUUCUAUGAAGUUUGUGUGUUCUCAGUUGUGUUUGAUUUGACGGUGUAUUGACCAUGUCGUGUGGUUAAUUUAUGGUCUAUCUGUGGUCAGAGGGAGCUGGGGUGCAGACAGCAGAUGGUGGGAGUUGAAGUGGUGGAGGUGUUUGGGGUGGAGAGGACGGUGGACUCUGUGGAUGACAUCCCAGCUACUUGGCAGUGUUGUUCACAGCUACUUCCUACCUGAUGGGUAAGAGGACAUCACCUCUACUUAAUAGACACCCCCCCCCCCACACACACACAUUAUUAUGAGUGUUCCCCUAUUUACAUGUUUGUGUGUCAGAGGUGAGGGAUGAUAAGCCAGUGUUUGAGAAGAUGCCUCUGGUGUGGGAAGAGGACAUGCAGAUCAACUCCAAGUUCCUGGAUAGAAAGGUCACGUAUUAGUAUUUCCCUAAACUUUACCAUUUACCCCCUCUCACCCUAGCCACUUACUUUUACUCUUAAACUACAAAUAUUCCAACAUAACCUGACGUGUUACAGAGAAGUUGAAGGCGAAGCAUAACACGUACUUGCGGCAACACCUGGAACUCUGCGCCAUUAUGGGCUACGUCUUACAGUUCCUGUUACUACAAAAUCCGAGCAACCUCUUCAUGUUCGCCAGCGAGUACUUCCCCCACCGACCCCCGGGGGCCACCUUCAACACCUUCUCACCUUGA